AUGUCCUUCCCCGGGCCCCCAGGAGUAGCUGAGCCCCAGCCUCUAAUCAUGGUGGGAAAAUCGACUGACAUUGAAAACUCUGGAAACGAAGAGAGACAGACCAAAGCCUCAGACAACAGGCGAACGAAGGGAGAGAUGAGUACUGCUGAUUUCAUCUAUGGUGCUUUCCUUGCCUUCUACAACUGGCUGUCUCUGACUAUGCGCUGGACAUCCUGUUUAAAAAUGGUUGCGAGCGGAGACGGGAUGUGGCACUUUGCUAUGUCUGUGUUCCUGAUAGAGCUGUACGGACACAAUCUCCUCCUAACGGCAGUGUUUGGCCUAGCGGUGGCUGGCUCCGUGUUAAUAUUUGGGGUUUUAAUUGGUGACUGGAUCGACAGGAAACCGAGAAAUGAAGCUGCUCAUGCCUCGCUCUUCAUUCAGAACGCCUCUGUCACUGCCUGCUGUGUGGUCCUGAUGCUGGUGUUCUCCUACCAGAUGGAGAUGGAGCGAAUUUGGCAUGGCUGGCUCACCGUGGCUUGCUAUGCAGUGGUGAUCUCCCUGGCGGCUGUGGCAAACCUGGCUGGCACCGCGCUUACCAUCACCAUUCAGAGGGACUGGAUUGUGAGCCUCACCGGGGACAACAGAGGCCAGCUGGCUGGUGAAACCGAGUUUUGGGGAACUAUGUAUAGAUUCACCAACAACUCCAGAACCCUGGAAAAACUGAAGGACCGCAAUUCUAGCCUUGAAGAACAACGGGCCACAACCAAAGGUUGCCUUCUUCGCUGCCUGCACAGCACGCGUCGGCUGCUCCACACAUGCCGGGAGGGAUGGGAGACGUACUGCCGACAGACCGUCUUCCUGGCUGGCUUAGGCCUGGCUUUCCUCUACAUGACAGUUCUGGGGUUUGACUGCAUUACCACAGGCUAUGCCUACACCCAGGGCAUUGGAGGCUCCCUGCUCAGCAUCCUUACAGCCCUUUCAGCUGUGUCUGGCCUCCUGGGAACGAUUCUCUUCACCCGGCUCCGGAAGCAUUAUGGCUUGGUCACCACGGGAGUCAUUUCCAGUUGGCUCCACUUGGGCAGCCUAACACUCUGCGUGUUUUCCGUCUUUGCACCGGGAAGUCCUUUUGAUAUGGCUGCCUUCUUCCUCCCAUUAAACAAGAACUCCUCUUCGAACCAUGAGUUGCUAAAAGUUGGCCAGGCACGUGUUUAUACCUUUAGAAGAAACCUAAACCAACCCAUCUUCCCAGACCGCUCUCCUAUUCACUGGACCAAUAAUACAGUCCUGUUUGAUGGCCAGCAGGACCCUGAACAGCCUGAGUCUUACAUGUCUAUCAUCUUGCUCUUCUCAGGUGUGAUCCUGGCAAGAAUCGGCCUCUGGUCCUUUGACCUCACCGUGACUCAGCUUCUCCAGGAGAACAUCCCGGAAGCAGAGCGAGGGGCUGUGAAUGGUGUGCAGUGCUCUCUGAACUACCUCAUGGACCUCAUCCACUUUAUUCUGGUCAUGCUGGCCCCGAGGCCACAGCAGUUUGGCAUGCUGGUGUUCCUCUCCAUGCUCUUUGUGGGCACAGGCCACGUGCUCUAUUUCUUCUAUGCGAGAAGGAGUAAGAAGGCAACUGGGAAAGGUGCCGAGACACGCCCCACCUGAGAGAAGUACAAGCUGCACGAGAUGAUUUGCACCAAGCAGUCCUGGCACCCUCGCCUCUCAGAUUCUACUGUUGGAAAUGAUAGCGACUUCUCUGCACAUCCUUCGUCCUCUGCUGAUUCACUCUUCCUUGAGGCUCUGCGUGGUAGAACAGCAUCACUGUCCUAGCCCACCGUGGGCCAUUAUUUCUUUAUCUCCGUGGCUACUGAUUUUGUUUUGUGUCUUAGACCAGUGUUGUCUAAUAGAAAUAGAAUACAAAUCAUAUAUGCCCAACUUCAAACUGUAUUUCAUUUGACCCAAUGACAAUCACUGGAAAAUUAAAAUCUUUACUUUAAAAUUAAAAUCUUUACUUUCCACAUUCUUCACAUCUGAUUUCUAAAAA